CCAACUAAUAUCACUGCUUUGAAUAGUUCAGAGAGCAGUUUUUUACUAAAUUGGCAGCCUCCGAAAUUAAACUCGGAAGGGAUAACGAAGUAUAAAAUUCAGCUGAACUCUCAACCACCACAGUUCACCCCAAGCGCAACUACGAAAGCACUGAUAAAGCGUCUAAAUCCGACAACCAUGUACCGAGUCAAAAUAUCAGCUUGUUCCAGACAAAAUGACUGUGGAAUGUGGGAGGAGGCAAUUGCGUGGACGACUCCAAGAAACCUUCAGGAAGUUGACAAUCCUCUUCAAAUUGAAAGUCAUAUUCUCCCGAAAGAAAGCCAAUUCUUUGAAUACGAAACGCCCAAAUCCCAUACGGAAUACACAGUGAUGCUGCGCGCUUGUUUUUAUUAUGAAAAUUCAACGAAGUUCUUAUGCAGUUUAGCGGCCAGCGCUCAGGUCAUCACAUUACCCAGAGCUGUCAAAUACAUCGUUUUUGAAAGAACACCUUCUUCUAUUGCCCUUCAACUCUUAGGUCCCAUUGAUGAAUCGCACUUCAAUUAUACGCUUCAGGUUACAAGGAUUUUUAAUGUUACUUCACUACCCGCUAACAGUGAAGUAACGGCAUCUUUGGUGACAUGUUGCAGGCACAAUCUUUGCAGUUCUUCAUUCGACAGUGCCACUUUCACGAAACCCGCAUCUCCUUUGAACUUAAUAAUUGCAAACGCAACGGAUCAGACAUUGUUAGCAUCAUGGGAACGUCCAAAAGACAAUGAAGAACCAAUCUCUAACUACAGAGUAAUUACUAGUGAUGAAAGGGGUCAUGAAUAUAGAUGUGACCCUACUAAUCUCAAUUCAACACGUAUUAAUUGCUUAGUCAGAAAUCUAUCUCCUUGUCAACAUUACAGCAUUUCUGUCAGGACUUGUGCCCGUGGGUAUGACUGUGGACCGGCAAUCACUACUCAAGAAUAUACACUGCCCGAAGCCGUAAAGGAACUUCGUAUUAAGCAAAUAUAUUCCACAAAGGUUAAUUUUAUUUGGAAGCCACAAGAUUUAGAAUCCUGUGUAUUAGCAAACAUUACAGUUAUAGUUCAAGAGCGGAGUACACGUAACGUUUCUGGACUCUGUUUUGUAUCGAUUUCGGAUAAUAUGUUGAACCAAUGCAGUACUGGAAACCUAAUACCUAACACUGAAUAUAUGGCAUUUGCUAUUGCUUGUUCUAAAACAACCCUUAACUGCGCUGCCAAAAGUGAGAGUAUUGAGUUUACAACACUUCCAGGAGUGCCUCAACAUUUCCAAGCCAUGAUAGUAACCACCGAAUCUGCAGAAUUUAGGUGGAAUAGAAGCUCUGGGCGUCAGGAUGGUUUGGAUGGUUAUCUAGUACGUAUUUAUGAAACAUCACCAAGUGGUGAACUAAACCACAAAGUUCCAAUUGCCAAUUGCUCAAUUCCAGCAAUAAAUCACAUCCACUCUUGUAAUCUUGGCAACCUCAAACCUUCUACAAAUUAUUCCGCCACUAUUGCAGCAUUCAAAAUUUUGUCAAAUGACACAAAAACAUUUGGCGAUGAAUCAGCGAAAAUUUAUUUCACAACAAAUCCACCAUUUCCAAUUACCGCCAUUAUACUCAGUCUGUUGGCUCUAUUUUUGCUCCUUCUAAUCGUUUUCGCUGUCAUAUUUCGCCAGCGUAGCCGCGGAAACGCAUAUGGCAAUGAUCAUAAACAAGAUGACUCUGACAUUUCUAAAUCGUUGACAAAGAAAGUUGGAGCGAUAUGUAGGGAAAGAAAUCGUUACGUUGAUAUGCUUCCGUAUGAUCAAUCUCUCAUUCUCUUGGGGCGUCCUUGGCCAUUUGUUUUAGACUAUCCAGAAUCCUCAAUAACGGUGACAGAUGCGUUGAAUGAUUAUAUAAACGCGUCAUACGUUCGACCACCCAAAUAUGGAAGUAAAGGUGAGGCACUACCUUGCGACGCUUUGGAAGUACCAGAGUUCAUUGCCACUCAGGGCCCCUUAGAAAACACUACCUUCGAUUUCCUCACUAUGGUCUACGAACAACGCUCAAAAUUGAUAAUCAUGCUCUGUCGACUGAAAGAAAACGGGAAGGAGAAAUGCCAUGAGUAUUGGGAUGACGAGUGUGAAAUAACCGUGACCAUGGACAAUCGGAGUAUUACGGUCAAUGUUCUUGAAGUGGAAUCUCUUGAAUGUGAUCUAAUUCGACGAACUCUCCAGAUCCAAUCCUCGGAUAGGGAUGAGGCAAGCAAAUCAGAAAAUAUUGAACCCCCCAUAUGGACAAAUAUCAGAAAUUACGAAUGGUUGCAAAUUUCGGAUCAGUUAGAAUUUAUAUUAACUUCGAGUGAGACUUGGGCCUCUUCUCAAUCGUUUAAGGAUCUCUGGAUGGAGAUGGUUUCAGAAUUUGACUUUAUUGCCGCGUACAUUCGAGUUUUUCCUACAAUCCUCUUCACCCGAACCCCGAAUCUCCCGUGGACGGUAGUACAUUACCAUUUCCCGCAAUGGCCGGACUAUGCAGCUCCAGACAUGGGAUCAUUUUACAACUUGGUUGAGUGGCAUAGGAGAUUCGUGGAAGAAAAUCCAAUUGAUCGUGAUGUUGGUCCACCAAUCAUUCAUUGCAGCGCUGGUGUUGGCAGAACAGGAACGUUCAUCGCUGCUUUUUAUCUUCUUGAGAGGCUUAGAGAGGAUCCAAGUGCAAUAGAUGUUUGGGGCACCGUUCUCUCCAUUCGUAGAUGGCGAUCGAAUCUUGUCCAAGUUUGGGUUCAAUUAAAGUUUCUCUACGAGUUUGUGCUCUACUGCAUUGAACGUGAUCGUAUACAUCUUCCAUCUGCCUCAAAUAGAUGUAAAAUUGAACAUGCUUAUGCAAAUUGGUUUGACCACAUGGGUAAGUUCGUGAAACGAGUUGAAAUUGGCUAA